AGCUGCGGCUCCUUUGGACUUUUCGACCCUCCGCCUAUCUUUUGGGUUUAGCCGCAGAUCUCUUGGCGGUAAGCAACCAUUUAUGCGCAAACGAUCAAGUUCCAAGUCCACUCUGGUCCUCCUAACCCAUUGGAUUUAUUUCCUACGUAUUACAACUUUGCGGCAUUACCCAUCUAAGCAGGCGAUUGAAGCUAUUAGAACAAUCUUGACAUUGGCGGACUUUGUCCCAUUCGAGCUCUCUGCCUUCAAUAUUCCAUUGAUACCCGGAGGACAUACGAGUUGAAACACUACUCUCUUUCUUUGCUUGAAUAUUACAUGUCGCGGUAGCGAUAUUUCCCUUGUUAUCUUGUCUAGGAGAAUUUAAAACUAACAGUGUGCUGUGGGACAACUAAAACAUGUCCUUCAAAUCAAAGAACCUCGCAUAUGAGGCGAAAGAACCAGCAUUCUUACAACGACUUCGGAACCAAUAUGGCGAUACCUCCGGUCGCCUUGAGCGCCCAAUUGCUCGACCCCGAAAAUUAAAAGAUGCCGACGAUGAUGAUGAACCUACCUAUGUUGACGAAGAGAGCAAUGAAGUGAUAUCCAAAGAGGAAUAUGAAGCUCUCGUUCGCGACAGUAAUAAGGAAGUCGAGGAUACAGGGAAAGGAGAACCAGGCCAGGAACAACCCACGUCACAAGAUAGAGGAGAGGAUAAGGCAAGUACCGCGCAAGAAGCGCCCAUAUCAAAACAGAACAUGGCAGAGAUAGGCGGACCUAAGAAGCGAAAGCAGGCGAAGGUUAUUGGCGAAGAAGAGCCUUCAGCAGAGAAAGAAGAAACGCAGCCGAAAGACACUGGUUCUCGGAAACCCAAACAGAAGAAGAAGAAAAUCAAACUCUCGUUUGACGAGGAAUGAUGAAUGAUGACUAUCAAUUUACCCAGUCAUAGUGUCUCGAUUUGACUCACCCUAUGCGGCCAGCCCUCUUUAGUUCAGGC